AGUUUGACAACUUCCUUUAUGCCGAACGAAAACGCAAAAACACCAAAACGGUGCCGGGAGGGAUCUAUUUCGGAAACGUGAUUGUUUAAUCGACAGCCAGUAAAAAACCAACAAAAGGAUUCAUCAUGCCCCAGGGAAGGCGCAAGGUGGCAUUCAGUGGAAAGCAGAAGAAACAACAGCUGUUAGCGAAAAAACAAGCCAAAAGUAGCACAUCGCACAAUUUAAUCCGCAACCUUAAGGAUGAAGAAUCGAGCGAUAUCAGCGAGGACAGCGAUAUGCCCCGGACGUUCGGUGAAAACAUCGAAAAGAUCAAUAUGCAACCGUUGAAGGAUCCGCGCAGCAAAACGAACCGCUACGUGCUACAGUUCCACCGGGAAACGCCGAAGGAGCUGCGAGAAUUGAAGGAAGAGGCCCGGAAGGGAUUGGAGUAUCGGAGCGAGAAGGAGAUGGAACUGGGGGACAACUUUUUUCAGCGGUAUGAUUUUCCCACCCGACCCAAGUGGUGCUACGAGAUGUCUAAGGAGCAGUUGGAUGGGAAUGAGAAUCGAUACUUUUUUAAAUACGUUACAAAGCUGGAGAAAGAUCAUUACGAUGAUAUGAAAUCGCUGAGCUUCUGUGAGUUGAAUCUGGAAACGUGGCGUCAGUUGUGGCGUGUGUUAGAGCUGUCGGACAUAGUUUUAAUCAUUGUGGAUGCCCGUUUUCCUACACUAAUGUUUCCUCCGUCGCUGUACAAGUACGUGACGGAAGAGCUUGGCAAAGGUAUGAUGCUGGUCAUCAACAAGAUUGACCUGGUGGAAGCCGAGGCGGUGCUAGCCUGGAAGCAGUACUUCGAGCAAAAGUAUCCGCAAAUCAAGGUGGUGCUGUUCACGUCCUACCCUUCGUACAAUUUGCGCGGCAAGCAGGAAAGCAAGUUCGGGCUCAAAAUUCGUCGCCGGCGGGGCCGCAUGCGUAUGGCGGCGGAAGGCGCACAGCAGAUCUAUGACGUUUGCCGCAAGUACGUUGGCGACGAGGUGGAUUUGGGUUCGUGGGAGCAAAAGAUCCUGGAAGAACGGAACGCUCCCAUGGACGUGGACGGGGACGACGAUGAGAAGGUCAUUGCCGAGCGGACCCACGAGGAGGAGAAAGAUUUCGCCUUCGAAGAGCCGGUAAAGUUUAGAAAUGGAGUACUCACGAUCGGUUGCGUCGGGUUUCCGAACGUUGGAAAAUCGUCGCUGCUGAAUGCCGUCAUGGGCCGGAAGGUGGUUAGCGUAAGCCGCACGCCGGGUCACACGAAACACUUUCAAACGAUUUUUCUAACCAACACGGUCCGGCUGUGUGAUUGUCCGGGUUUGGUGUUUCCUUCCUCAACGCCUCGACGGUUGCAAGUGCUGAUGGGAAGUUACCCGAUCGCACAACUCCGCGAACCGUACGGUUCAAUCCGGUUUCUUGCGGAGCGUCUCGAUUUGGUGCAAUUGCUUGCGCUGAAGCACCCGGAGAAUGAUAAUGACGAAUGGUCACCGAUCGAUAUUUGUGACGCUUGGGCAAUCAAACGUGGAUUCCUAACGGCGAAAGCGGCUCGACCCGACACGUACCGGGCAGCGAACAGUAUUCUCCGGAUGGCACUGGACGGAAAAAUUACGCUCUCCCUUAAGCCUAUCGGCUACCAUCAGGAGAAGGAGCGGCUGGCCACCGAUCCGGGGCUGGCGAGGGUGAAAGAAAUUCAAGCGAUCGUUGAGAACGAUGGUCACGAGGAUGAGGACGAUUUCUUUUCGGACACGGACACGGAAGAUGUGGCCGGGGUUAGCAAUGACGGAGACAAUGAGGAAGAUGAGGAUGCGAACAGCACGCUUUCGCCACCGGCCAGUUCCAGCACUGUGAAUCCGUUCGAUCUACUCGGCAGUCCUGAGUAAGGGAAAGAACCGUCGGAGGUAUUACUAUCAAAUUGUGUAAAUCGUGUUUUAAAUCAUACUGGUCCGCUUUCAAUAAAUACGUUCAAGUUACCUAAA